AUGAUUCCAAAAAGAACUCAAAAAAGCUUCCGGGACGGCAGCACGGGUCGCGCCAUCCGGAGCACCCCGGACUGCGAGGCUGCGCUGAGCGGGGAGCAUAUGUGGCAGCCGACUUCCGUGUCCGGGGACUACUGCUACCUGGCUGACAAUGACUGCACGAAGCACGGACCUCGGUUGAAGUGUUCGGCGUGCAAGGUGAUAGCGCACGCAGGCUGCCUGAGCGCUCUCAACGAACGGGCGCGUUUCCAAUGCAAACCGACCUUCCGAGAUGUCGGGGUCAGGCAAUACCGUGAACAGACAUGCACGCACCAUCACUGGGUGCAUCGGCGGACGGAGAAAGGAAAAUGCAGACAAUGCGGCAAGUCGUUACAAGCGAAAUUGUCGUUCAGUUCGAAAGAAAUCGUGGCCUUAAGUUGUUCCUGGUGCAAAGCAGCGUAUCACAAUAAGGAGAGUUGCUUCAACAUCCAAAGGAUAGGCGAGGAAUGCUCAUUAGGUAACCACCAGGGAAUCAUAGUGCCUCCUUCAUGGAUCGUCAAGUUGCCGAGACGCGGGAGUUUUAAAUCAUCUUUAAGGAAAACGCCGAAGAAAAAAUCGUCGAGCAAGAAAAGGUCCAAGGAUAAAACAGAGAAGGAACCUAAAACUUUCGUUAUAAAACCGAUACCAUCGACUACGGUGACGCCGGUCCUCGUGUUUAUCAACCCGAGAAGUGGAGGCAACCAGGGCGGAAAACUUCUGCAGAAGUUCCAAUGGCUUUUGAAUCCCAGACAAGUAUUCGAUCUUACCCAAGGAGGCCCUAAAAUGGGAUUAGAAUUAUUUCGCAAAGUGCCAAAUUUGCGUGUGCUAGCUUGCGGUGGAGACGGCACUGUCGGUUGGGUGCUGUCGGUCCUCGACCAAAUCGGCGUUGUGCCGCCUCCGGCUGUCGGCGUCCUACCCCUGGGUACCGGAAACGACCUGGCCAGGGCACUCGGCUGGGGCGGGGGUUACACCGAUGAACCAAUCAGCAAAAUUUUGGCUAACAUUGGAGAGAGUGAUACAGUUCUACUGGAUCGAUGGCAGCUAAAAGUCGUCCCAAAUACUUCCGCAGAAGCGAACGAAGAAGGCAAAGAAAAUCUUCCCUUGAACGUCGUCAAUAAUUAUUUUUCACUCGGAGUGGACGCCCACAUCGCCUUAGAAUUCCAUGAAGCAAGAGAGGCCAGACCAGAAAAAUUCAACUCCAGGUUACGAAAUAAAAUGUUUUAUGGUCAAGCUGGUGGAAAAGACUUGCUUCGGAGAAAAUGGAAAGGACUUGCUGAGUUUGUUACUUUAGAAUGUGAUGGGAAGGAUAUGACGCCGAAACUUAAGGAGCAUAAAGUGCAUGCAAUUGUAUUUCUGAAUAUACCAAGCUAUGGUGGCGGUACGCAUCCUUGGAACAAAUCUGGUGGAACCUACGAGCCUAUGACUGAUGACGGUCUCAUAGAAGUCGUUGGCCUUACUACAUAUCAACUGCCUUUGCUCCAAGCCGGAGGACAUGGAACGUGCAUAACGCAGUGUCGGAGUGCGCGCAUCGUCACUUCGAAAACUAUUCCGAUGCAAGUUGACGGAGAAGCUUGUAAAUUGAUGCCUUCCAUUAUACAAUUAACUUUAUUGAAUAGAGCAUUGAUGUUGGCCAAGCGUAGGCCCGGUAGAACAAAUGUUCAACAAACAGCUGUUGGAACAAUCAGCGUUAAUCUGGAUCGAAUAACCAUGACAGAUUAUGAACAGCAUCAUUAUGAUAAAGACCUUCUCAAACAAGCAGCUGUCAAUAUGGGAUCGAUAGAAGUCAGUCAUGUAGCAGAUUUAGAACAAGUUCGAACACAAAUAAAUAAACUUCUAGCAGAUUCAAGUAAUGAUUAUAAAUUAUCAUCGGACUGGUGUUUUGUUGAUUCAUGUACAGCCGAAAGAUUUUUCCGGGUGGACCGCGCCCAGGAACAUUUGCACUAUCUAACGGAUGUAGCGGCGGAAACUUUAUAUAUUCUGGAUUCCGAAACAGGACCCGGUUUGCCCCAGACCCCGGAAGAUGAGCUGACGUUCGCAUCGGCGAUUACGGCUGACAGGGGACCGCUGGCCGGGAGUCUGUCGGAGUCAAGUGAUCGUGAAUCCAGAGAAGACACUCCACCUUCACCACGAAUAUUUAGCAGAAACGUAUCGAAUUCUACGGCGACUCCGGACUCUUUAUCUCCCGGAACGCGUAGCCCGGAGCGACAAGCAUCUGCCGCCUCUCUUCAUUGCUCCACCGGAACAACUGCCGUUCCAUUAAGGUUGGCAUCGCAAGGAUCUCUUGAAGGAUCUGCAGGUUCAUCACAAGGGUCACAGGAUCAUGAUCAUCAGCUGAUCACUAGUCCUAGGAAUGCCGAAUAUGAAGGAUUGAACUUCAAAAGCGGGCUUUUGGAGAAGAAUACUGAUGGUGUGCUCAAGGCAGCAAAAUCUGGUGAUAUUAAUUUGCUCAAGGAAAUGCAUUCACAAGGAUAUUCAUUGUUAACAUGCGACUCAACAGGCCAGACUGCCUUACAUUAUAGUUGCCGAUAUGGCCAUAAAGAUGUUGUCAAAUUUUUAAUAUCAUAUGCACCUACUACAAUCAUAAAUAUGUCGGAUAAUGAAAAGGGUCAAACAGCAUUACAUAUUGCUGCAGAAUUAGGCAGGAGAUCAAUUUGCUGCUUAUUAGUCGCAGGAGGUGCGUCUCCCAUAUUAAGAGACCAACAAGGACGUACUCCUAAAGCACUGGCUUUAUACGCCGAUGAUGCCGAACUUGCUGCAUACCUCGAAAGUCAGGAGCAAUUUCACGUCGUCUCCGACGACCACGAGACUGUCGUUUAGCUGAAACAUCCGACAAAUUACCCAAAUAAAUUAUUGAAAUAUCCGUAACAAAUCUAAUAUUCAAUAAUUGAUGUGUAUUUUUCGUUUCUUCGUCACUAGACUGUGAUAUUAAACAAUUCAUCGGAAUAACACAAUCGGCAAACGUAAAAGGUGGAACAAUAGAAUUUAUAUAAGGAUAAAACCAGAGCUAUUUUCUUAUAAAGGAAAUAGUGAUUUAUUACAUAUU